AUGUCAACAACGCGCGAGAACCCCGAUCCGGUGUCUCCGAAUGACGAACCGAUCGAAGAGGACAUUGUUUCCCCAUGUGCCGAUAUGACCAGGGAACAACUUGUCCAGGAUUCUCCGAUGAAGAUAGACCUGACGCACAUCAGUCCCAAAUGGUGGGGUGUCAAACAUGUCACUGCAACGUCCAAGGAGUUGCAUCUGAAUACCUACAUGGUCGAACAGAUCAAAGGUAUAUGCAUCUUGGGCCUGUAUGACGCCGAGCUGCUUUAUGUGUUCCAGGAGCAGUUCGAAGGAUGGACUGAACAGAUGUUCAAACGUGUCCAUCACACAUAUCUUCGCGCGAUGAAGAAGGUUCUUCGGGAGGGUGGCAUCAACACCGGACCUAUCACUAGGCCGAUACCCCCCCCAAUUCGUUGCCCUUCUUCGGCACGAGGAUCCAGAGGUAAUGCCGGAGUACAGAGAAAACUACUUGCUGAAGACCGACAUCAACCCUCGGUCUGA